AUGGCAUGCCCCCCCGACCAAGCUCUUGCCCUCCUGGUUGCUGUUUUUCACAAGUAUACAGGUGAAGAAGGUGACAAGACCUCCUUGAACAAGAAGUUGAAGGAACUGAUUCAGAAGGAGUUGACCAUUGGACCACACUUGAAUGCUGAGAUUUAAUGACUGAUGGCUAAUCGGGAUCGUAAUAAAGACCAGGAGGUGAACUUCCAAGAAUAUGUGAACUUCCUCGGUGUCCUGGCAAUGAUUUACAAUGAGGCAUUGAAGGGCCUUGAUGAACAGGAAGUACCUCUGUAA